UGGCUGCAGUUGUACUUCCAGGAACAGUGCAGCUGUCGGAGGGGAGUGAGGUGCACGCAGCGGCUAUGGACUGACAUCUGAAAGCUGCUCUUUUCUUUUUAUUCGCACUGCUGCAGACUUCAUGUCACUCUAACAUCUCCGAUUCUUCCUCCGACUGAUUGUUAAUAAAAUCAAAAGUGGACUUUGAGGCCCAGGUCCUGCGCUCGUCUUCUUCCUUAUGCAAUGCCGAAGAGUGACACGUGGCCAGGCAGCGUUGCCAUGGAAUCCUUGAGCAAUUUGGACAGUGCCGGGAGCUGCGACAGUGUAAUCAGCAUGAACUCUGGCUAUAGCGAAGACAGCAUGGAGCACUUAUCUCCCGAAGAGAGGGCAUGUCUCAUGUAUCUGGAGGAAACCAUUGAAGCGUUGGAGGUGCAGGAGGACAGCGGCUUAUCCAACGAUGAACCAGAUCCUGGGUUACAGGCAGACAAAAUGGGUCGGAUGAGAGUAAAUGGUAUUUCCAGUUUAGAGUCUGGAAGAGACCAGAAAUCAGAGCCUGGAUCCAGAGUGUUACCCAUCGAAGACAAAGCUAAGCAUCACGCUCUAAAUCAGACCUUAAAACCACAGUCCUCUCCUCUCCUCGAAACAUCAGUGAACCACAUGACUCAACCCAAACCUCCAGUCAUUGAAUCAGUCGCUGAUUGCAAAAUCCACCCAUCAGCUACUCAGUUGUGCGUAUCCACGGAUGGAGACGGUAGUCUCAAGAUUGUCCCAAGUGCCAGUCUUUGCCCCGUACAGGCCACUGGGGCCUCAGAGAUAAAUGUGGGUGUGAUCCCUCCUCCCUCAGACUUCAUGGAUGAGCCAGGCUUUCCUCCACUGCCAGAGAAAGUAAAAGACCUUCCUCCAUCUGCAGGAAUAUCCGAUAACAAGCCAGGGACGACUAUUGACUUGGAGCAGCUACGCCAGAGAGCCACUGCACAGAAAACUUCACUGAGUUCCUCUGGGACCCAGGAGCCUCCAAACCAGCCCCUAAAACUGACUCUUCCAGCCGUCAGCUCUGGUCACUUGAUUAGUCCUCCUCCUGAACCCUUUGAGCUCAGAAGUCCACCUGCAGUGGCCCCCAAGCCCAAGAAGCUUCCCUCCAACAUUAUUCUGAAGUCACACAAGGCAGCAGUGGCUGGCUCAGAUGGCUCCUCGGGACAUCCGGUGCCCACUAGCAGUGACCGGCUCUUGUUGGACCCCCAGAGGGUUCACAUUGAGGCCCUCCGAAAGCUUGGCCUGCUCCCUGCUGAGGCACAAUCAGGCCCCACCCUGAGCACUAACCUUGCUCCCAAAACUAGAAGCUCACGGACAGCUCCUCCUUCUCCGGUCAGCCCAGCUGCUCCACAUACACCACCCGUGAUCCCAUCUCACACCAGUAUCAACAGUCAACCACCGGCUUCCGUCCCGCUCCAGUCUCCUGCGGCUGUGUUGCCAUCGGCUACGUCUACUGCUCCUGCAGUCCAGGCUGCUGAGGUUCUCCCAGCACCUGCCGCUUUCAGUGACCCCGUUGAACCUCCGCUGUCAGAUAACGAUGCUGUCAAAGAUGCUUCACAGGCCACAGUAAAUGCACAGGUGCCCACGCCCCCUUUUACCCCUCCCGCACUGGUCAAACAUCUAACCCCUCCCAAGGUGGUAGGUGUCAAGUCAGCCACCCUGGAGCGCUCUGGCCCGGGUCUAAGCAGCUUUAUGGCUAGUCAGGACUCUGAGGAGGCCAGCCAGGGUGUCAGCAGUGAGCAGAGCCCCAGCCAGCUACGUAACAACCGGGCACGCCCCGCAUCUCUGGGGAGUGGGAAAGAGUUUACAAGAGCUCAGGGAGAGGGUUUGCUGGUGGGCCACGCCAGCAGCAAAGAGCCAGACUUACGGAAGUCCCUGCCUGCCCAAACUGCCUAUCAGUACUCCGGAGACUCUAAGAAGCUGCUACGAUCCCAAGGCAUCAGUGUUCUGAUCUGCCCUCGUGCAGAAAACGAAGAAAAACGCCGCGAGGCCCUGAAGAAGCUGGGGCUGCUCAGGGACUGAGGCAUCGAUCUUAUACCUCAUCUUUCUGCCACAGCCUUCCUAUAGAUUCCUCAUUUAAAGGAACAUACCAGAGAUUGAUACAGGAUUGAUGAAGGCAUUACAAAACUUUCGGGGAGCAGCUUAAACCACUUAUUUAUGCACUUUCAUUUUCACGUCAUUUUCAUUUUCCUUGACUCAUUGUCAUGUCCACUCUACUGUACUUGUUACUCAUAUUGUACAGCCA